AUGAACUUUAAAUUAGCUGAUAAAGUGAUUGAAAUAGCUAAAUUAAGUUAAGAAAAAUUUCGGAAUGUUUAUAUUGAUACCUCAACUAUAAAAAAAAAUUAAUUAAAAGGAGAUAUAUAUAUAUUUAUUAAAUUAAGUAAAAAUUUAAGCUAAUUUAAUGUCCUGAACAUAAGAAGAUAGGAGAAACUAUUAAUAUCGAAAAGAAUGUUCCUAAAAGUAAAAGAAUUUCAUGCUAAGAUUGUUAAUAAAGUGGAUUAGAUAUAGAAUAAUUCAUUAAAACUUGGGAUCAAAAAUAAUAUCAGAAAUUAGAACAAUAAUAAAAUGCUUAGAUAUAUAUGUAAGAAUGUUAUAAAAACAGUCUUUCAAAAUUGGAAUAGUUAAGAAAUGCUUUAUACAACAAUUUAACUAAUAUGACUGAUUCUGUUUAUCUUAGAAUUGUAGAUGCAUCAAACUGUUUUUAACAAAUAUUUUUAUAACCUAAUGAUUUUAGUAUAGUUAAGUUUCAGGAAAUGGCUGAAAUGUGUUCUUAAGAAUAGCAAAAAUGUGAACUUCAAACAAUCCCCUAAUUUCGAUUACUUCUAUAUAAACAAGGAUAAGCUAUGGUUUUAGAUGUUAAAUAAAUUCUAAUUAAUUCUAGAUAAGAAGAUGGUGAUGAACAUAAAAUAAAUAAGGUUUCUAUAAAAGUAGAAAAAGAAUAAAUAAAUAAAAAAUAAAGUUUAUUAAAACAGCUUGAAAGUUUAACAGGUUUAUCAAUAUUAAGACCCUUUUUAGCAGAUAUAUAAUAAAUAUAUUCAAUGGCAUUUAAUAGAAAUGGGUUUUUACUGUUAAUAGGGGGAGAUGAUAUGAUUACAGUUUAUUUAUUCUAAGAAGGUAGAAUAGAAAUGUUAAGGAGAAUGACUUGUUAAAGAAGUUUAAGUGUUUUAUUAUUUGGUUAACAAUCAAAUUAUUUUAUUUCUGGGCAUUGUGAUGGAAGUCUUUAAAUAUGGAAUUAUCUGAAUUAAAUAUAUUAUAUAAGUAUUAUUUAUGAAAAUUAACACAUUGAAACUGUAAGAUGUUUAAUUAUAAACAAAAAAAUAAGACUAAUUAAUAUCAAGUAGUGA